AUGAAAAUUUCGCUACUAUGGUUGCUGGUGCUAUUUAAUACAGCUUUAUCAAUAUAUGAAGAUCAAAUUGGAAAAUUCGACUGGCGUCAGGAAUAUGUUGGAUGCCCUCGAAAUAUUUAUUUCGAACGCCUGAAGGGUAUGAAGUCUCCUUUUGUAUUUGUAUCAACAGAAACUGCAAUGAUUGCUUCGCUGAAAGCAUCAACUGGACAUAUAAUUCUAAUAUCAGUGACGAAAGAUGGUGCAGUGGUACGAGCUUGGAAUCGAGAAAAUGGGAUUUUGGCAUGGGAAGUUCAAGUUGAUCAGUUUACUCCGAAAUUUUCGCAAAUAGAUGUUUUGUUAUUGGAUGGGCUUAUAUUCAUUUGCAAAGGUGAUCACAUAGUAGCUCUAUCACUCAGCAAUGGUAAGCAUAAAUGGACAACAAAUAUCAGCAAUAUGAGUGAGUAUGUUGGAUCAGUGUCAGGGUCACAGACUCUUACUGUAGUUGGAGGUACAGAAGAAGUCGAAUUAAAUAUAUAUCGAUUAGAUGUGAUAAAUGGUGUAGUUACAAAAGUUCAAAAACUGGUUGCAACCUGGUUCACUCAUAAGAGAUGCGCUUUAUCGGAUACAUUAUUACAAUGUUUUGAUGACAAGGGCUUCUACGUUGCUGAUUUGUCAUCAGAUCCAAUUUCUGUCCAGCAUGUUUCACUUCAGUCGGUAGUGAAAAUAUUUAAUUUAGAUGUGAGAGACAUCGUCGUAAUUAGUACCAUCACUAAUACAUAUCUCUAUCGCGUCAGUAUGUCAAGACCGCCAAUAAUGCUUUUAAAGUUUGAUAAGGUUAACAUGGUUUCUGCGCAUAUGACACCUACUGGACAAAACUUAUUAGCUGUUGCUACGCUAUCAAACAACAUUGUCUUGUAUGAUGCUGUUAGUGGAGAACAUUUGUUUUCAGAAGCCAUACCAGAAAGUUAUCCAGCUCCUGUUAAAUUCCUUUCAUUGAUCGGAACUUCUAAAGAAUUCGAGUGCGUCGUAAUCUUGGAGGACUGCAGAUUUAUUUAUUUGGUCCGUUCUUCAAAUAAUUUUUUGAAAAAGUGGAUCAGACACGAGGCACUCAGUACCAUAACAUCAGUAGAAAUGGUCGAUUUACCGUUGUCUGAGGCCCAAGCUGAUAUCGAAUCUGAAUUCGCUCCAAAUGGUGGCGGUAUAGUAGAGUCGUUUUUACGACGUCUAGCAAGUCAGACAGAGCAGUUCCGUCGCAGUUGUCUUAGUGCAGCUAAUCAAAUUUUUUCUUCUAAUUUUAUACCAUUUUAUUCAAAAUCGUUUAUCGACUGGAUAUUCUCUCAUCGGUUUUCCACACGAAGCAUACGCAGGAAAGAUGCACCUUGUGAAAGAGAUUAUUUCAACUUGCGAAAGAUCAUUGUUGUUUCAACAUUAAAAUCUAUUGUGUAUGGUAUUGAUAGCAGCGAUGGUACGAUAUUAUGGCAUUUUUAUUUGGGAAAUGAUAUGGAACCGUUACAGAGCUCUUUAGGUGAUGUAAAAAUUCCUUUGUUCAUACAGCGAACCACCGCUCAUUAUCAAUUUACUCCUCUAGCAACAGUUUUGGUUAAUAAUAUGAAAUCGAAAAAUACUGUCGUAAUAUCGUUUAAUCCUAUAACGGGAUCAUUAUUCGAACAAAAAUAUAUGCCCAGUUUUAUUAAACGUGUUGAAAUUCUCCCCUAUGCAAAUGCCAAGACACAUUUAAGUCACCUUGUCCUGUUUGACAUAAAUGACAAUGUCGUAUAUUAUCCAGAAAAGAUGGAUGGACCAGAGCAACAAAUUCCAUUGUAUUUGUUUAAUUUUAAUACUAAUGGUGAUUUAGAAGGACUUCUACUUAAUGUUUCCAGUAAACAGUUCAUAUCAACUUGGAAAAUGAAGUUAUACUUAACCUAUGAACAGAAGAUCAUUGCUGUAGUUCCGAAACCUUCAUAUCAAAAGAUACAUAGUGCAGGACGAGUUCUCGGAAAUCGUUCUGUUCUAUACAAGUAUGCAAAUCCGAACCUUGUGGCAAUUGCUGUAUUUGAUUCUACUCAUUCAAUGUUACAAGUUUAUCUUAUUGAUGCAGUCUCUGGAUAUGUCGUAUAUAGUGGUAAACAAAACAAAAUAGCUGGUCCAGUUCAUUUGAUUCAUUGUGAAAAUUGGUUGGCGUAUUCGUACUGGAACGAAAAGGGUCGUCGUAUGGAAAUAGCCAUCGUGGAGUUAUACGAAGGCCUGGAGCAAACCGAUGCUUUGCAUUACAAUUCACUGGUGCAAACACUGAUUCCCAAAGUCACUGUAUUCUCCCAGGCUUAUAUAUUCCCACAAGGAGUUGCAGCUUUAGGCGUUACCGAAACUGAGCAAGGAUUAUCUACGAGAUCUCUAUUAGUAGCUAUGCCAUUCGGUGGCAUAUUUGGCAUUUCUAAGCGCCUUUUGGACCCUCGUCGUCCCUUGGAAAUGACGCAAGAACUAGCGGAAGAAAUGCUUCUUCCUUAUCGCCCAGAACUGCCCAUCGCUUCUGAGGACUUUAUUAAUUACAAUCAAAGCGUACAUGGUAUUCGUGGCUUUAAAACGUCAACAUCUGGUUUGGAGUCAACAAGUUUGAUGUUGGCGUAUGGCACAGAUCUGUUUUUCACUCAACUUUCCCCAUCAGGAACCUUUGAUAUAUUAAAAGAUGAUUUCGAUCACUUGCUUAUUAGUGUCGUGCUAUUAAGUUUAGUGAUUGGAAGUUUGGUAUGUAAAAAAUUGGGCAAAAAUAAUAGUCUGAAACAGGCAUGGCAAUGA